AUGGGGGACAAUCGCCGCCGCAAGGCUCGGACGGGAGCUGCGACGGUGGCCAAAAUUGACACUGUAGCGGACGACAUGCUCGAGCUGGUGUUCCUACGCCUCCCCUCGCCUCUUGAUCUUAUCCGCGCCGCGUGCGCCUGUAAGCGCUGGAGACGCAUCAUCGCAGGGGACAAUGGCCGCGUGAUCCGUUCCCUCCACGGCGCGCAGUCCUUCCACAUCAUCGGCCACUACCGUGUUGACGGGCGCUCAUACAGCUCACGUCCGCCCGGUCUUAACCCUGCCUUCUUUCCCUCCAAAUCAUGGUCGCAGUGGAAUAACAUCUUACCGACAAGGAACCUCACGCUCGACUUCCUCCCGAAGCCGGAGUCGAGCAAUUUCUGUUGGGAGCUCGCUGACAUUCGGGGCGGCCUCCUACUUCUACUGCUCUUCGACGAAGAGUACUACUCGAAGCCACCAUUACGUCUCGUCAUAUGUGAUCCCCGGACGCGGCGCAUCAGGUCAAUUCCGCUCUCGGCCUGGUUUCACGGCUGCAACUUCCUGGGUACCUUCCUCCUCAAUGGUGAGGCUCCAGGCGCAUAUAUCAGCCUAUCAAACUUCAGGGUGACGUGCGCGCUCAAACGUAAUGGCGUUGCCAGAACAUGCGCGUUCUCGUCCUCCAGCGGCGGCCACUGGACCUCUAGUGCCACACGCGGCACCACUAUGAUUUGCGGCAACGACUACUGGACGGCCAACGGGCUGCCCAUGUUCGUUGGGAGCACCGAGGCCUGCGCCUACUGGCGGGUUCAAAAUGGUUAUCUUGCUCUCGACAAGGAGGCCGCCCAGCUCUCGUUGUCCGUCUUGCCGGAGGCUUUGCGGGGAAAGCCUCACAUUGGGGAGUACGCGUACAAGCUGCCGUGGCCACCUAUGAUCCGAGCUUGCUUAUCCUAG